CCUCUACCAGGAGUACCUUAUUUUAUAUAAAUUGAAACACUUAUGAAGAAAGACAUGGGAGAAAUACAACGCACCUUGCUGUGCCAAGGCCCCGUGGAACUCACAAGAGGCAUGAAGAUGUGUAAAAAACACCUAUCAUUAUUCAGCGACGUCUUGGUUGUUUCUAAUAACCUGAAGAAGAGAAAGUUUAAAAUAAAACACAUAAUCCCUUUGCAAUACCUGUGUGCUGUGGAUAAUAUGGACAUAAUCAACCUAGUCAGGAUAAAUGAAAUCUGCACCUGCCGGACACUUGCCCUGUUUUGGCCCACUGGAAUGUUUUUGGCCACCUUUAGUUCAAAAGAACAGAAAGAUCGCUGGUAUUAUUUUAUCAAAAGAUCCACUAAUGAAGCCAGGAUGGGUAUACAGAAAAAUUUCUCAAUGAAGAUAUUCACUGAGGACAUCCCAAACUGUGACAGUUUUGGCUUUUUAGGUUUGAGAGUUUUUGAAUCAUCUAUGUAUUUCAUUACACUUAAGAUAAACCUUUUUGCUAUUCAUCCUGACUUUCCUAGAACUGUACACAUGGUGUACAUGAAAGUAAGGAUAACAAUGGAGAUUACCAACUCUGGUUCCAUCCUGGCCAUGCAGAAGCUCCAAGACCACUGCAAGGUUAUGAGUAUCUACAGGAGGUCAUAA